GUUGAAUUUGAACAUAUUUGAAGAUUGAAGAAGAUUUCGGAUCUUCUGAAACAUUUCUAGAAAUGUUUUAGGAAAACUAAGUGUUAUGGAAUUUCCUCGGUCAGUUCUGUUGACGCAUCGAAGGACGACAGAGCUCCUCCCUCUCCCAGACGGCCAGACGCCCAGGCCCAGAUCCAGCCAAGUCGAGCAGGGGCGCCGGCCAUGGCCGCGGGCAGGGGCGACGCGGCGAGCAUGGUGGCGGUGGGCCUGGUGUGGGGCGCCACGAACGCGCUCAUGCGCCGGGGCGCGCUCGUCUGGGACCGCCGCUCCCGCGCCUCCCCCUCCGGUAGCGUCAUCCGGCGGUGGGCGGCCCUCCUCCUGACGUGGCAGUACUCGACGCCGUUCGCCGCCAACCUGUGCGCGUCCGCGGCCUUCUUCGCGCUCCUCGGCGCCGCGCCCAUCUCCGUCGCCGUGCCCGUCACCAACGCCGUCACCUUCGCCGCCACGGCCGUCGCCGCCGCGAUUCUUGGCGAGCGCGUGCGCCCCGCGCCGGCCGCGCUCGGGACCGCGCUCAUCGUCCUUGGCGUCUGGGUCUGCAUCUCCUAGUCCUUGAGGAUCUGCUCCAGAAUACUUGGGAGUGGUGGUUAGAUUGGAGCUUCUCGAUGUCGCAGACCAUGUUUUCAGUCCUGCCCUUGGGUGUGAAGAACAUUCGGUACAAAGAAGUCACAUGCAACAUUUUUAUUAGGAGCAGUGUUAUCCUAAACGCUAGAUGGAGAUGGCCGGUCACCCUCCGUUUAGCGUUUAGACAGUGUGGACAAAAAAUUAGACGGUUUAAAGAGUUUGCACUGUAGUUGUAUAUUAUAGUUCCAUAUUAUAUAGUUGCAAAUUGAAGCA